AUGGAAAGGCACUUGGUCUUGUGUUACAAUCAACUGACCUCACAGUCUAAAGAGCCUGACCAGCCUCGUGCCACCCCGUCAGUGGAGCCUGACCAGCCUUGUGCCACCCCAUCAGUGGAGCCUGACCAGCCUCGUGCCACCCCGUCAGUUGUGCGUGACCUGCCUCGUGCCACCCCAUCAGUGGAGCAUGACCUGCCUCGUGCCACCCCAUCAGUGGAGCCUGACCAGCCUCUGGAGCGUGACCUGCCUCGUGCCACCCUGCCUCGUGCCACCCCAUCAGUGGAGCGUGACCUGCCUCGUGCCACCCCGUCAGUGGAGCCUGACCAGCCUCGUGCCACCCUGCCUCGUGCCACCCCAUCAGUGGAGCGUGACCAGCCUCGUGCAACCCCAUCAGUGGAGCCUGACCAACCUCGUGCCACCCCGUCAGUGGAGCCUGACCAGCCUCGUGCCACCCCGUCAGUGGAGCGUGACCUGCCUCGUGCCACCCCAUCAGUGGAGCGUGACCUGCCUCGUGCCACCCCGUCAGUAGAGCCUGACCAGCCUCGUGCCACCCCAUCAGUGGAGCCUGACCAGCCUCGUGCCACCCCACCAGUGGUGCGUGACCAGCUUCGUGCCACCCCGUCAGUGGAGCGUGACCAGCCUCGUGCCACCCCACCAGUGGUGCGUGACCAGCCUCGUGCCACCCCAUCAGUGGAGCGUGACCUGCCUCGUGCCACCCCGUCAGUGGAGCCUGACCAGCCUCGUGCCACCCUGCCUCGUGCCACCCCAUCAGUGGAGCGUGACCUGCCCUGUGCCACCCCGUCAGUGGAGCCUGACCAGCCUCGUGCCACCCCGUCAGUGGAGCGUGACCUGCCUCGUGCCACCCCGUCAGUGGAGCCUGACCUGGAGCCUGCCACUCUGUCAGUGGAGCCUGGACUAUCACUAGACCACUUGUACGCACGGCAACCAGUGCAGGGUGCAGCAGAGGUUAAUGGGAAGUCUGUCAGGUGUCCCCAUUGCAAUCUUAGUCUCCUCAAGAAGAAUUAUAACACACACCUCUUGAGGAGACAUGCAGAUUUGUCUCACGACAUCACUCAGGCCUGUCAUCUGCAGAGUGUUAUUGUCGAUGAGACAAAUGGCAUAUUUGCUGUGCAGAAAACUGGACAUGGGUUUUCUGUGCCAGUCCAUGUCCAGAGAAAAACAUGGGGAAAAAUACACCAAGUUAGAUGUGAGCUAGAGGAAUGUGUGCAGUAUCAGUUGUUGGCUCAGCGGAGUGGAUUAAGCUACAGUUUGUGCUCUCACAUUCGUUCUGUAGACUACUGUAGAGAGACGGCUGCAGAGACAUUUCUCAGAGAAGACAUCCUGAGGGAUAUGAUGGCAUUAAAAUUUUUUGGAGAGGCAAAGGCAGCUAUAUGUGUGAAGAGGCAAAAGGCUGCUUGUGCAGUGCAUGUUCCUCUUUGUGUGCCUGUGGACUUUGGUGGGUCUCCAUCACAAAUAUGCUUGUCAAUCCAUGAGCCUGACAUUCAUAGUUUUAGCCGACUUGAGUACUUAUAGGAUAAUGGUCACCUAUAACACGCAAAGGAACACCUGGCAUUGCCACUGCACCAAGCCACGGACAUCUUGUCCACACAUACACAUCUCAAAGUGGCAUCUUUUUCAAACCCAAAGACACCUCUUCAAGUCAGAGGUGCCCACAACACCAAGCUCAGAGGGUUGCAGUCCCCUGGACACCAUUGGUGUGAAGAGAAGUGUGCAGUACAUUUUCAAAGAGAAAAAAAAUCCAUAAGCACUGCCAAAAGAAGUUACAACACCAAGAAUGAAGAUGGAAUACCCAAAGCAGUUCUUUCCUCUUGAGACGACGUGCCAGUUAUGCACUGGACAUCCUGCACUUGCAGAGGUUGUACUAGUCACCAAAAAAGCUAGGAUUGUCAGCAUGAUGGGCUUGAUAGACAGUAAGUUCAAGAAUUAUGACUAAUGUAAUGAGCAAUCAUGAUCAGUGUAUUUGUAGUAUUGUGAUGGGUUGACAUCAGUGUGAUUUGUGUUUUACAGACAUUUCAACAUACCAUAGGAUAUGUCCACAGUGCAACAUGGUGUAUAGGUACCAGGAGUGGAAAGAUGGUCUUCACAACUUUGAUAACCACAUUUUUCUCACCCUUGAACUUUGUGUGUUUCUCAGAGAAAAUGUUACUGUGAGUAUUAUUUUUUUUUCUCCUUAAGAUUACUUGACUAUGGUCUUUAUGUACAUGAAUUUUUUUUUUUAUAUAUUUCCAUCCUUAAGCAACAAGAACAUGUGUCACUGUCUAAUCUCAGAAUUUUUUUGUGUUUGCUUCACACUUAAGAACCAUGUGUCUGUGGCAAGAUUUGUGGAUUCAUUGGAGGGGUUAAGAGGAGAGAAGUUUCCAUCCAGGAAUGACAUAUUUCAUGCCUAUUGCCACUUUGAGGCUUUGACUGACACAGAGUACACUUACUCCUGUAUCAACUGUGGAUUUUACCCACCUGUGGUAGUCAUGGAUUUACACAGGAAAGGGGUUUUCAAGCUGGCAGAUGUUGGCCCUUCGCACCAUUGUGAACCGCAUUGUGCAUCACUUACUGCCAUCAGCAACCUCAGGCCCUGCAGAAUAUUGUGGGCAGCUGGAGGAGAUCAUCCCCUCCAGGAACAGCUGGUGCAUGAAUGCAUUGAUUAUUUGACAGAUGUCCAUAUCUGUCAUUUAAUUAAUUGAAGGAAUUUGUUGAUAUUGCCUAUGUGUUGCAAGUUUUUUUAUUUUUUUAUUUGCAUUUCUUUUUGGCUUUAUCUUACUUGUAGGUCAGCUAUGUUCUGGAUGAGGGCAGGCCUGUCCAUUAAAUUAUUAUUAAAGAUGGUCCUACAUGUUUGACCAGGGAGAACCUGUUAUCUUUAGGUCUAAACAGGGAAAUGGACUCAAUGAUGGGUGAAAUAUUUUGUUGGAAAGUGAAAGUACUCAAUAUGUUUUGAUUGUAAAUACAGUAAAAAAAAAAUAAAAUCAUUAAAUCAUAUACACAGGUGGGAAAUGCCUGUCUGAGGAUUGUGAAGGAGAUAGUCGAGCUACAGGUAUGUAUACAUGUAUAUUUAAGUGGGACCUACAGUGGCAAGAAAAAGUAUGUGAACCACUUGCAGAAUCUGUGAAAAUGUGAAUAAUUUUAACAAAAUAAAAGGGAACAUACAAAAUGCAUGUUA